UCGAGUACGCAGCCACUAGAUUGUAAACAGCAUGGUCAUCGUUGCGUGGUUGCGUUCAAUUCACGGUCCGUUCAUAAAUGUUUUAGAAUAUUUAUUAUUAUUUUUAUGAUAUUUGGUUUUAAUGCUCGCGAAUUCUUAUGAUAUCUGGAUUGAAGAGAAUAAACAGCCGACUAUUGCUACACUCUGUAAGGAUUUAGACCAAGCAAUUGGCAAAGGAAUUUCCCCUGGAAUCAUAACGGAACUCUGUGGACCGCCUGGAAGCGGAAAAACUCAAAUCUGCAUACAGUUGUGCGCCAAUGUCCAAAUUCCUACACAGUUGGGCGGCUUUGGCGGGAAAGCUUUAUACUUUGACACAAACUUUGGAUUCCACCCGCACAGACUGAAAGAAAUGGCUACCGCAUGUACUCAACAUUGCCGAAACAUUGUUGAAACUCUCAGGAAAGACCUAUCUGAGGACGUUGAAGGAUUUACUGCAGAAAUUAUCAUGGAAAACGUAUACUAUAAAUAUAUAAGCGAUUCUUCUAGUUUGAUAGAAGAAUUGGACACUCUGGAAAAUCUACUCAAAGCUGGAGAGAAGAUCAAGUUGGUGGUUGUAGACUCACUGUCAUUUUUAAUAAAAUGCAACACAGAGAACAGUUUGGAAAGACUCGAGGUAGAUUAUACGAUACUUACCAAGCUACACGUUCUCGCAUAUCGUUACAAGCUAGCUGUUGUCAUUACGAACGAUUGUACCACGAGAAUCAACCCGAGCAAUUCCACCGAUAGCACAGUUGUUCCGGCUUUGGGCGAAUGCCACAGUCACAAGAUUAAUCAAAGGAUCGUCUUAGGUGCGAUCAACGAGGAACAACCAGGGAUUUUCAUAGCAUCCAUCGAGAAGAGCUUAUUCCGGCCACGGUCGUCGAUUAAAUUCCGAAUUACUGAGGCAGGGAUCAGGCGAGUUCGGAAAAAUUAAUGAUACACGUUCAGUUUAUUUGGGAUCUUCUGUGUAGGAUAUUUUCUGUGAUUUUGGACAAUUUUGUUUAAAUACGCUGCUCAUAAAAUAACACCGAAAAGUAUAAUAAAAUUCGAACUCGUAUUUGAUUUCGAUGGUUUAGAACGAUGACAGAGUUAGCAGAACAUCGCGAUAAUCACCGCUCAAGUCAUCCUGGAAAGAAGGUUACAAUAGCUCGUAUAGUCAGACUGUGGUAUUUUUUUUCUUCGAUAAAUUGAUGAGAUAGGACAAAACGGGAGGGGGUUCGUCACGCUUCACACACCAAGCCAACACAGCAGGGAUUGUCAUCAUGAAUUGAAUUGUUGUGAACGUUAAAUGAGAAUCUUGCCGAUGAAAGCACAGAUGAUUUAGGUGUAAUUUCUAACAUCAAAAUGGUUUCAAUAGGUAUUUUGAGUUCAGCACAAAGGCAUUUUAGAUACAUUUAUUAUCCCAUCCAUUUUAACAACAAUUGACAAAUUCAAAAAUAAAAGUUUAACGCAAUAAAUAUGGCGUAAUGCCACUCACAUUAUAAUAUAUAAGCAGUGGAAUUUUGGUAAUGUCCAGAAACAUUUCGAAGUCUGUUUACUGCUACACAAACUGUUGAUUUUAAUAAAUAUAAACGACAAAAUCAGACGAGCUUGGUGUUACUUUUUCCUCGGUUCUAAUA